CUUAAACAGUAACUCUUCUUUGUGAAACCUUGAAAGUCAUUCGAAAGCCAUUCCAUAAUCAACACAUCAUCCAGAAUGAAGACCUUCCACCUCUUGUUCGCAAUUCUUCUCGCUUCUACGCAGGCAAUCGCGGCAGACCCACCCACGAACCCGAGCGACACGAAACCGCCCGACCCGAAAAACCCAGGCCCCGAUGACUGUAAAGGAAGCUGCAACGAGGCCAAGACGUCUGUGUGUACUACCUGCGCGGUUGAAACAACUCAUUACUCUACUACCAGGCCGGCGGUAGUUACGGCGGUUGAUAGUGCCACUGUCUGCUCCUGGGCAACAACCAGUGCCUGUGCCGGAGGAUGUGACAAUGGAGCGGGGGGUCCAAAAUAAACUUAGCGCUGUUUUUCCUCGAACUCAGCCACAGCUCGUUGACUCAGUGGCCU